UUUUUUUGGAUUUCCUACGCACUCUGCUGACCCAUAACUGACUAAACUGGUUUUCGGAUUAUAUAAAUACUUAGAAGAACUAUUUCUUAAAAAAAAAAAAAAAAAAUCAAGAGAUGGUCCACUACAGGGACAGUCAGUCCGAGAGGCCACCUUUGUCUCGUAUUCUGCCGCAUCUCUACCUUGGUGCAGAGACUGACGUAACGCAGGAUGGUUUGUCCGACCGAGGCAUCUCAUACGUAUUAAGUGUGAGCCGAUGCUGCCCACAACCUUCAUUUCUGCCCCAGUCCCAGUACCUCCGUAUCCCAAUAGACGACUCCCUGCGGGAUGACCUGCUUCCUUGGAUCCCUCAGGCGUUGCACUUCAUUGAUGGGGCCAUGUCAUGUGGCUGCUCAGUCCUGGUCCACUGUGCUGCAGGAAUCUCUCGGUCUCCAGCACUUGCUGUGGCUUACGUCAUGUAUAGCCUGAAAAUGGAUCUGGAUCAUGCAUACAGGUAAUGUG